AUGAAAUUUUCAACUUUAUCAUCAAUUAUUUCAAUUGCUUCAUUAGCUUCAGCUCAUUGGGCAAACACCACCGUUGCUGGUGAAUCAACAGAUAUAGCUACAACAACAAUAACUAUAACAUCAUGUAGUGCAGGUCAUUGUACACCAAUUUCAACUUUAAUUACAGGUUUAACCACCGUUACUGAAAUUGAUACUACCUACACAACUUAUUGUCCAUUAUCAACUACUGAAGAAGGUGUUUCAACUACAGAAAUCACAAGUUAUGCUGGUGGUACUACUUAUGUUCAUACUUCAGGUUAUACCGUUAUUACAGAAGGUGAAACAAUCUACACUACUUACUGUCCAUUAACAACUGUUCCAACCACUAUUGUUGAAUCUACUUCAUGGGAAGGUGAAACUCCAAUUAUCAGCACAAUUACUACAGGAUGGACUGUUAUUUCAGAAGGUGAAACAAUUUACACUACUUACUGUCCAUUAACAACUGUUCCAACCACUAUUGUUGAAUCUACUUCAUGGGAAGGUGAAACUCCAAUUGUUUCAACUAUAACUACUGGUUGGACCGUCGUCACUACCUCAGCAAAAUCUACUUCAUACUUCCCAUAUACUAAAUCUACUGCUCCAACUCCUGCUCCACCAGCUCCAACCACUACAGCUCCAGGUGGUACAGCUCCAGCUCCAGCUCCAGCUCCAACUACAGUUGCGGCUGAAUCAGCAUCAUUGACUACAGUUGCUGCUCAAUCUUCAGCUCCAUCCGGUGCUGUUUCUGUGUUAGAGGGUAAAGCUAAUAAUAUUGCUGUUUCUACUGGAUUAGUUGGAUUAUUAGCAUUUGUUAUUUCAUUAUUUUAA